CUGUCGUACAGGUGCUCGUGGCCGGGCUGUGGAUACAAGGGUCUGACGAAACAGCAGCUCGAGAAUCACGUGCGUAACCACACCGGGGAGAAGCCGUUCGUGUGUUCGUGGCCCGGAUGCGACUCUCGGUUCACGACUGCCGACGGUCUUCGUUACCACAAGAAGUCUCACUCGAAUGUGCGUCCAUUCAAGUGUGAUUGGCCCGGCUGUGACGGCGCCUUCAAGCGGAACCGGGCGCUCACCGUUCAUAAGGCCUUACAUACGGGCGACAAAGUUCCGCAACUCAUUCUCGUUAUCGGCUUUACAGGCGAUUGGAGCGGAUGUCAGUUCCGGGCGUCGAGAUAUCACGAUCUGGCCGUUCACAAGAUUCUGCACACCGGCGAGAAGAAGUACCGGUGCAGUUGGCCCGGCUGUGAGUCGCGAUUCCUGCGGAACGACAAAUUGCAGUUACAUUUGAUGAUCCAUAGGGGAGACAAACCACACAAAUGUCCGUUUGUCGGCUGCGAGAAGCGGUUCGUCGAGAAGGGAAAUAUGCGCAAACACUUCAAUAGCGUCCACUCCAAGGCCUGACUUCGCCACAAUCGCGAGCACUGGGCGGCCAGGGAUGGAGUGAUCGCUCGUUCGCUUCCAAUGUUAGAAAAGAUACUAAUAUUUAGAGAAUGAUAACUCUGAUGAGUUGACAUAAAUGUAAUUCAAAGCCAAAUAAUUGUCAGAAACGGUACAAAACAGUGAAUAUUUAAUUCUGUAAUCAUUGAAUACCGGUUUAAAUAUGAUUUUAUAGCGUCUAUAAGUCUUAUCAUCAAAACAUAUUCCAUUCAAAUUCAAUCAUUCAUUUGUAAUUAGAGAUGUUUUCAUAUUUGAAAUCAAUUCAAAUGUAUUUUAUAUAUUUUGUGUUCAUUUUAUCCAUAAUAUCGCAGCUAUUGUAAC